AUGGCCUCCCACCACCUUGCCAUUGCGAAAGCGUCGUUUUCGGCCGGACUCCUCCGGCCGGAUCCUACGUCGGUCCCGCGCGACCAGAUCAACGAAUUUCAUUUGGCGCUUGACCGGGCACUGUCGCAUUGCUCCCCAGCAAACAUCCAGACCUGCAAACAGUGGCUUCUCAACAAUGUCGUCUCAUCAUCUAACCGGGUGGGCGUAUGGGGCAAAUACUUGGUCGCUCUGGCUGCAUCAUUCGAGGAAGAAAGCAACAAGCCCGAGCGCCGGCAUGCCGUCUCUGCAAAGCGGAAACGACUGCACCUUCUCUACCUUCUGAACGAUCUAUUCCACCACACAAGAUACCACCUCGACUCGACCGCUGCGUUUUCCACAUUGACUGGCGCACUGCAGCCGUCCAUCGUCGAGCUCCUGAGCUACGCUGCGUCCUACGACCAACACAAACACCCGAAACACCACAAGCGCCUACAGGACUUACUGGAUAUCUGGACAGAACACGGGUACUAUGGUAGCGACUACGUCAACAAGCUACGGGAGGUGGUCAAAAACUCGGCGCUCUCUGGACCCGUCAAGACGUCCACCGACAUCGAGGCGAGCAACAUAGCGGCAAACAAGCUUUCUGGCAAAGAUGUCCCGUACAUGAUGCCGUCGACACACGGCGAUCCAUCCACGCCGUAUUACGACCUCCCCGCAGGCAACCUUGUCCCCCACAUCAUCCCCAAUUCGACCGUCCCUCUCCGUCCCGACUCAAUCAAACCACUGCAAUUCCUGGCUGGCCCAGCGGAUGAGAAGCUUGUGACGGCGCUGAAGGAUUUCUUAAAGGACGUGGAUCGGAUAUACGGGAAUGACACCCCUGAUAAAAAGGAAAACGAAGUGGUCGACAUCGAUGAACUGGGCCAGACUGUCAUCCGCGACAGCGACACAGGCGACAUCAUCGACGGCGACACCUACUACGGUUGGUCGCGGGCGUUCUGCCAACAGAUGAAAAACCGAAACGCCAGAUCCGACUCGCGCAGCCGCAGCCGCAGUCCCCGCAAACAGCGGUACAGCGACAGCAUGGCCAGCGACGACAGCAGAUGGAGCCGAUCGAGAUCGCGGAGCCGGACACCCCCGCGAAGAAAAGGCCUUGGACGCUACGAGUCUCGAUCUCGCUCCCGCUCUCGAAGUGGCUCGCGGCCGAGAGAGAAAUCCUACUCUCCACAGGCGCCGUCGGCUCCGCGUCACUUUCCCCCAGAGUACCAGCGACCCCCGUCUCACAAUCAGUAUGGAAACCACCAGCCCCCAGGGUUUCCUCCUCCGCCUCCGCCGAUGCAUUUCCUUCCUCCUGCUUCGCAAACGAGUCCACCUCCCCUGUUCCCUCCUGGUAUGCCAGGAGCGCCUCCUCCAUCCCCUCCGAACUACCAGGGCGCUUGGCCCCCACCGCCACCUCCUCCGAUGCCCCAGUAUGGAUCGCCCGGCCCAAACUCGGGGAACUAUCCUCCUUUCCCCCCAGGCCAGUUUCCCCCAGUACAUAUGGGGUCGGGGCAGCAGAUGCCCCCGGGGUCGUAUCAUUUCCCACCGCCUCAUUCGGGAGGACGUGGGGGAGGCUGGGGGCAGCAGCAUGGGUAUCCGCCCGGACGGUGGCGGUAG